ACUGCGACUCUCGUUAUGUAAACAAUCACAGAAAUCACUGGCACAAUGAAAACCGUUUUUGUGACAGUUGGAACAACUUCUUUUGACGACCUGAUAGUCAGCCUGACUUCAGAAGAAGUCGUAAAGGUGUUAAUACAUCGAGGAUACACGGACUUGGUGCUCCAGUUUGGCCGAGGCUCGUUUAUUCCAGAUGCACACAGCUGUCCUGGACUGAGGCUCGAAGCUUUUCGUUUUAAAGAGUCCAUCGCCGAAAACAUUCAGAGCGCAGAUGUAGUGAUUAGCCAUGCUGGUGCUGGGAGUUGUCUGGAAGUUUUAGGAGCUGGAAAGCCUCUUCUUGUUGUGGUUAAUGAUAAACUAAUGGACAACCAUCAGCUGGAGCUGGCCAAGCAACUGCAGGCUGAUGGCCAUCUCCUCUACUGCACCUGCAGCACUCUUGCAGAGACUCUGCGUGACAUGGACCUAUCCACCCUGCUGCCAUUCCAGCCUGGUCAGCCUGAAAACUUUGCCCAGUUUUUGGACAAAGCAGUGGGAUUUGUUUGACCAUUGCUGAAUGUUUUGAGUCGAACAUCGGUAUGGAGAGAAAUCGCACAACAAACCAGAUUUUUUUUUUUUUGGAGAAUAACAGACUGUCCAGCGGCACGGAGUUUCUCAGGUCCAGUACCGUAGCAAACUAAUCAAAGACGAAUAUACGUAGACGGUACAUAGAACAUAGACGGUAUGGAUCCUAUUGUAAUUUUAUAAUACAGAAAUUGAUUUCAAUUGUAAUGUUAUACAAUAGCAACUAUGCAAUGUUAUGUAUGUAUAUUUCUUUUCUAAAUGAUGAAUAAAGUAUUUUUCUAUUA